GUGGACGGAACGCAAUGCUGCUAGUGUGACGUAUAAUCUAGUGGACGGAACGUUUCUUUCAACAGCAGUAACAACUAGUCAGCCACCUCGGUAGCUUGCUAGCCAAAAUAGCCGAACCCAUAAAGCUCUUUAGACGCUUUAGUGUAUAUUAGCCACUGUGUUUUAAACCCUCUUCUGUCGUCUAGUUAGUUAGUUAUCCUAUUUCAUUUCAUAUUUACGGUGUUGUUGUUAUUAUUAAGCUAGCGGGCUGGUUAAGUUAGCAUUAGCCUAGCUAGCUAACAUCUCAGACCAUGAGUUCACUAAAUUACUCUCCUCCUGCUGAAGAAGAGACGGUCUGCUGGACGGAGAAAGAAGCUCUCAUCAAAGAGGAGGAGGAAGAGAAGGAUGUUACAAAACAAAAACAUGUAGAGGGUGAGGCUGUUACAGGGAAAGAAGAAGAGAAAGACGUUUCAGUGAAAGAAGAGGAAGACGUUACAGUGAAAGAAGAGGCGUUCAGAGUGAAAGAGGAGGAGGGUGUUACAGUAAAAGAUGAGGAGGAUUCAGUUUUUGAAGUGAAAGCGGAGGAGGGGGAGAAUACGGUCUCAUCGGAAGAAGAGGAGGAAGAAACUGGAUAUCUGGGCCCGAUUUCCCAAACGCAAUUUAAGGCAUCCAGUGGUUCUAAAGAUGAACUUAGCCAUAAGAUGGUUUUGAGAAACCGGGCCGUGAUUACCACUGGAGAGAUACGGGACUAUCGUGGAUCCUCUGGGGAGCCUCAACAACCUCAUGAUGCUGAAGAGGCAGAGAAGAGUCUCUCCAGAUCAGAACACGUCAAGAAACACCAGCAGAGAUCCACAGGGAAGAAAUCUCACUGCUGCUCUGACUGUGAGAAGAGAUUCACCUCCACAUCAGCCAUUAAACUUCAUCAGAGAAUCCACACAGGAGAGAAACCUUAUAGCUGUGAUCAAUGUGGGGAGAGGUUUACUAAAUCUAGCAGUCUGACGAAACACCAGAGAACACACACAGGAGAGAAACCUUAUAGCUGUGAUCAAUGUGGGAAGAGUUUUUCUACUUCUGGCUCUCUGACAGUGCACCAGAGAAUACACACAGGAGAGAAACCUUAUAGCUGUGAUCAAUGUGGGAAGAGUUUUUCUACUUCUGGCUCUCUGAGAGUGCACCAGAGAACACACACAGGAGAUAAACCUUAUAGCUGUGAUCAAUGUGGGAAGAGUUUUUCUACUUCUGGCUCUCUGACAGUGCACCAGAGAAUACACACAGGAGAUAAACCUUAUAGCUGUGAUCAAUGUGGGAAGAGUUUUUAUCAUUCUAGUGAACUGACAGUGCACCAGAGAACACACACAGGAGAGAAACCUUAUAGCUGUGAUCAAUGUGGAAAGAGUUUUAGUCAAUCUAGCUAUCUGAAAGUGCACCAGAGAACACACACAGGGGAGAAACCUUAUAGCUGUGAUCAAUGUGGGAAGAGUUUUACUACAUCUGGCUCUCUGACUUUACACCAGAGAACACACACAGGAGAGAAACCUUAUAGCUGUGAUCAAUGUGGGAAGAGGUUUACUAAAUCUAGCAGUCUGACGAAACACCAGAGAAUCCACACAGGAGAGAAACCUUAUAGCUGUGAUCAAUGUGGGAAGAGUUUUACUACAUCUGGCUCUCUGACUUUACACCAGAGAACACACACAGGAGAGAAACCUUAUAGCUGUGAUCAAUGUGGGAAGAGGUUUACUAAAUUUAGGAGUCAGACUAGACACCUGAGAACACACACAGGAGAGAAAUCUUAUAUCUGUGAUCAAUGUGGGAAGAGUUUUACUACAUCAAGCAAUCUGACUUCACACCAGAGAACACACACAGGAGAGAAAUCUCAUAGCUGUGGUCAAUGUGGGAAGAGUUUUACUACUUCUGGCUCUCUGACAGUGCACCAGAGAACCCACACAGGAGAGAAACCUUAUAGCUGUGAUCAAUGUGGGAAGAGUUUUACUACUUCUGGCUCUCUGACAGUGCACCAGAGAACACACACAGGAGAGAAACCUUAUAGCUGUGAUCAAUGUGGGGAGAGGUUUACUAAAUCUAGCAGUCUGACGAAACACCAGAGAACACACACAGGAGAGAAACCUUAUAGCUGUGAUCAAUGUGGGAAGAGUUUUUCUACUUCUGGCUCUCUGACAGUGCACCAGAGAAUACACACAGGAGAGAAACCUUAUAGCUGUGAUCAAUGUGGGAAGAGUUUUUCUACUUCUGGCUCUCUGAGAGUGCACCAGAGAACACACACAGGAGAUAAACCUUAUAGCUGUGAUCAAUGUGGGAAGAGUUUUUCUACUUCUGGCUCUCUGACAGUGCACCAGAGAAUACACACAGGAGAUAAACCUUAUAGCUGUGAUCAAUGUGGGAAGAGUUUUUAUCAUUCUAGUGAACUGACAGUGCACCAGAGAACACACACAGGAGAGAAACCUUAUAGCUGUGAUCAAUGUGGAAAGAGUUUUAGUCAAUCUAGCUAUCUGAAAGUGCACCAGAGAACACACACAGGGGAGAAACCUUAUAGCUGUGAUCAAUGUGGGAAGAGUUUUACUACAUCUGGCUCUCUGACUUUACACCAGAGAACACACACAGGAGAGAAACCUUAUAGCUGUGAUCAAUGUGGGAAGAGGUUUACUAAAUCUAGCAGUCUGACUAAACACCAGAGAAUCCACACAGAAGAGAAACCUUAUAGCUGUUAUCAAUGUGGGAAGAGUUUUUCUACUUCUCUCUAUCGGGCAGUGCACCAGAGAACACACACAGGAGAGAAACCUUAUAGCUGUGAUCAAUGUGGGAAGAGGUUUACUAAAUUUAGGAGUCAGACUAGACACCUGAGAACACACACAGGAGAGAAAUCUUAUAUCUGUGAUCAAUGUGGGAAGAGUUUUACUACAUCAAGCAAUCUGACUUCACACCAGAUAACACACACAGGAGAGAAAUCUCAUAGCUGUGGUCAAUGUGGGAAGAGUUUUACUACUUCUGGCUCUCUGACAGUGCACCAGAGAACCCACACAGGAGAGAAACCUUAUAGCUGUGAUCAAUGUGGGAAGAGUUUUACUACUUCUGGCUCUCUGACAGUGCACCAGAGAACACACACAGGAGAGAAACCUUAUAGCUGUGAUCAAUGUGGGGAGAGGUUUACUAAAUCUAGCAGUCUGACGAAACACCAGAGAACACACACAGGAGAGAAACCUUAUAGCUGUGAUCAAUGUGGGAAGAGUUUUUCUACUUCUGGCUCUCUGACAGUGCACCAGAGAAUACACACAGGAGAGAAACCUUAUAGCUGUGAUCAAUGUGGGAAGAGUUUUUCUACUUCUGGCUCUCUGAGAGUGCACCAGAGAACACACACAGGAGAUAAACCUUAUAGCUGUGAUCAAUGUGGGAAGAGUUUUUCUACUUCUGGCUCUCUGACAGUGCACCAGAGAAUACACACAGGAGAUAAACCUUAUAGCUGUGAUCAAUGUGGGAAGAGUUUUUAUCAUUCUAGUGAACUGACAGUGCACCAGAGAACACACACAGGAGAGAAACCUUAUAGCUGUGAUCAAUGUGGAAAGAGUUUUAGUCAAUCUAGCUAUCUGAAAGUGCACCAGAGAACACACACAGGGGAGAAACCUUAUAGCUGUGAUCAAUGUGGGAAGAGUUUUACUACAUCUGGCUCUCUGACUUUACACCAGAGAACACACACAGGAGAGAAACCUUAUAGCUGUGAUCAAUGUGGGAAGAGGUUUACUAAAUCUAGCAGUCUGACUAAACACCAGAGAAUCCACACAGAAGAGAAACCUUAUAGCUGUUAUCAAUGUGGGAAGAGUUUUUCUACUUCUCUCUAUCGGGCAGUGCACCAGAGAACACACACAGGAGAGAAACCUUAUAGCUGUGAUCAAUGUGGGAAGAGGUUUACUAAAUUUAGGAGUCAGACUAGACACCUGAGAACACACACAGGAGAGAAAUCUUAUAUCUGUGAUCAAUGUGGGAAGAGUUUUACUACAUCAAGCAAUCUGACUUCACACCAGAUAACACACACAGGAGAGAAAUCUCAUAGCUGUGGUCAAUGUGGGAAGAGUUUUACUACUUCUGGCUCUCUGACAGUGCACCAGAGAACCCACACAGGAGAGAAACCUUAUAGCUGUGAUCAAUGUGGGAAGAGUUUUACUACUUCUGGCUCUCUGACAGUGCACCAGAGAACACACACAGGAGAGAAACCUUAUAGCUGUGCUCAAUGUGGGAAAAGUUGUACUACAUCAAGCAAUCUGACUUCACACCAGAGAACACACACAGGAGAGAAAUCUCAUAGUUGUGAUCAAUGUGGGAAGAGUUUUAUGACAUCAAGUAAUCUGACUACACACCAGAAAACACACACAGGAGAGAAACCUUGUAGCUGUGAUCAAUGUGGGAAGAGUUUUUCUACUUCUGGCUCUCUGACAGUGCACCAGAGAAUACACACAGGAGAUAAACCUUAUAGCUGUGAUCAAUGUGGGAAGAGUUUUUGUCAAUCUAGUAUGCUGACAGUGCACCAGAGAACACACACAGGAGAUAAACCUUAUAGCUGUGAUCAAUGUGGGAAGAGUUUUAGUCAAUCUAGCAAUCUGACAGUGCACCAGAGAACACACACAGGAGAGAAACCUUAUAGCUGUGAUCAAUGUGGGAAGAGUUUUACUAGAUCUAGCUAUCUGACAGUGCACCAGAGAACACACACAGGAGAGAGACCUUAUAGCUGUGGUCAAUGUGGGAAGAGUUUUACUAGAUCUAGCUAUCUGACAGUGCACCAGAGAACACAUUCAGGAGAGAAAUCGUAUAGCUGUGACCAGAGGUAAUCUGAUAAAAGAUCUCUGACUAAACAUCAGAAAAUACAUGAAGGAGGUGUUUCAUGAUAUCAAUGAAUUAAUGUCACAAUGUAGAAUGUUUAAACAUUGUAGUAGGAGUAUUUUAAUAUUGUCACAAUGUAGAAGCCUAAAUGUUUGUCCCCUGUUCUAUUGAUUUCAACAUGAUAUGGAUAUUAUCCUCAGGGGGGAAAUCCAGGCUCUGAAUUGAAAGAGUACUAUUUAUGAGAUUUAGUAAGUUCACAUUAUUCCCAGAUUCAGUGUGGUUUUUGAGCUGUUAGUUUUAACAGUACGUGCAACCUCAUCUCCCUCCUGUCGCACAAAUGAUUUUAGCAUGAAAUUGAUUAGUUAUGACAAAUAAGUGUUGCGUUCCUUUGUUUAGCGACCCCUACAUUUAAACGCAUUCCAACAUCACGUUUCCCCUCUAAUCGAUAUCAGUGAUUUAUUGCUACUUGUCAAAACAGCGUUUCUGGUGCUUGUGCAGUUUAUAAGGAGCUUGUUUAAAAAAAUACAAGAAAUAUGAUUAUUGUGGCAGAUGUUUGUGUAAAUAGCACAUGUUAUGUUUAGGUUUUCAAUUUAUCCCAAACUGUUUCUGCAUAUUGGUUAUUGAUUUGGACACGUUAAAACUGUGUUUUGACAUUGAGGCUAUCCCACCUAGCAAAAUGUAAUUGAAAAGUCGUUGAAAAUAAGACUAUGCAAUCAAA